CUGUGUGACGGAGCGUGCUGAUGAGGGGUGAGAUGCCCCGAUUCCGGAGAAAUCACCGCGAAGUGUGUGCCGACCGAGGCGUGGCGUGUGGCAGUUGUGUCUGUGGGGCUUCUUGAGUCUCUUCAGCGGGAGAAGUGUCGGGUCCCCUCCUGCACCGUGUGGCCCGCCUAGCACUCCUGGUUUGCGUUAGGGAAGUUGAUACAAGACCUAGUUUCCAGGGACCGUGGCUUCUAGGAUGGAUGUUUGCGCUCUGGAUGAAGGUCUUGGUUUCUUUGGAACAAGGUAGCUGGCAUAAAGCAUGAGGGAGAGGCACCCUGUGAAUAGGAAUCCUACCUGGAAGACGACCCCUCUGACUGAACCCUCUCGCUAGCGCUUCAGAACAGAGGCAGAAGACUCGCAGGAAGGAGAUCCUGGCAGUUUUGAUGCUUCUGCCCAGAGCACACAAGAUGUGGGUGAUGCUGUCUCCUCCAGAAGUUGUCGAAGACAGGGUGAUAGUAGCAGGUCUGGACCGACUUUCAGAAGGAGACCUGAGCUGGGCUGAGAGGGAUAAUGUAUAGAGAACUUUGGACAGGAGAAUCUGGGAUCUAGGAGCAAGCCAUGCCAGUCAUUUCAUGACUCCACUCCAUUCACCUUCUCUUCCAGCUCUCUUUCCAGUGUCCUCUGUGUUUCUAAGAGCAACAGAAAAUGGCUGCAUCCCUGGGGUUAGUGUUAUUUGAGGACGUGGCUGUGAACUUCACCUGGGAGGAGUGGCAGGACCUGGAUGAUGCACAGAGGACCCUGUACAGGGACGUGACGCUGGAGACCUACAGUAGCCUGGUGUCAUUGGGGCAUUGCAUUACCAAACCUGAGGUGAUCGUCAAGUUGGAGCAAGAUACAGAGCCGUGGACUGUAGAAGAACCCCCAGACCAGAGUCUCCCAGAUGUCCAGAGUGUGGAUGACCUGAUGGAGACCAGCCAGGAAAAUCAGGGCAGACAUUUGUGGCAAGUUGUAAUCAACAAUGCAACAUCAACUAAGGAGAGAACUGACCUAGGAAAAACAUUUAAUCUGAGCUCAAUCUGUAUUUCAAAACUGAUUGUAAAUAAUGGAAACUGUUCAGGAGUGAAGCCUGAGGAGUUUAAUGUGUGUGAGAACACAUUUCUCCCUAGUGAGCCCGAGGAGACGCCUGCUGGAGAGAAGCCUGAGGACCAUGCUAUAACUGGGAAGUCCCUCAGUUGUGCUGAGUGUCCUAGUCAUCAUCAGAAGAAUCUCACUUUGCAGCAAGGUUUUGCAUUUAGUGGACAAAGGAAAGGCUUCAACAAAGUGGCAGAAUUCCUUACAGAUAGGAGGGCUCAUGUGGGAGAGACUGCCUGUAAAUAUAAUGAAGAUGGGCAAGCUUGUGAUAAGUCAGCUCUCCUUGCCCAAGAGAGACCUCACAUAGGGAAGAAUCACUAUAGAUGUAAUGAAUGGGGGAAAACUGUUUAUGAGAAACCAGCACCAUUGAAUCUCCAUAGAGCUGAUUUUGAGGAGCAACACCUUAAACGUAAUCAAAGUGGGAAUAAUUUCAGCAAGAAAUUACACUUCACUCAGCUUCAGAGAAUUCAGUUAGGAGAGAAAACUUUUGAAUGUAAUGUAUGUGGCAAAACUUUCUAUAAAAAGUCUAAUCUCACUAAACAUCAGAAAAUACACACAGGAGAGAAACCCUAUAAAUGUAGUGAAUGUGAGAAAACCUUUGUUAGUAAAACAGUCCUUACAAUACAUCAGAGAACUCAUACAGGGGAGAAACCCUAUGCAUGUGACAAAUGUGACAGAUCUUUCUGCCAUAAGUCACACCUAACUGUUCAUCAGAGAAUCCACACAGGGGAAAAACCCUAUGAGUGUUGUGAAUGUGGGAAAUCCUUCUUUGUGAAAACAAAACUCACUGUACAUCUGAGAACACACACAGGGGAGAAACCUUAUGAAUGUAAUGAAUGUGGAAAAACUUUCUAUGAGAAGUCAGCCCUCACAGUACAUCAGAGAACUCACACAGGAGAGAGACCGCAUGAAUGUCAAGAAUGUGGGAAAACUUUCUGUGGGAGGUCAGCUCUCGCUGUACAUCAGAGAACUCACACAGGAGAGAAACCCUAUGAGUGUAAAGAAUGUUGGAAAAGUUUCUGUCGGAGGUCAGCCCUCACAGUGCAUCAGAGAACUCACACUGGAGAGAAACCCUAUGCAUGUAAUGAAUGUGGAAAAACCUUUUGUCAGAAGUCACACCUUAGCAAACAUCUGAGAACUCACACGGGAGAAAUCAUGUGUGGUGGACGCUGGCGAUGUCUUCUCCAAAACCCACUUUCUUUUUCUCUUGGCACACAGUUAGGCUGCGUUUCUCAGCUUCCUUCUUCUGUGGGUGGGACCACGUAACUGAGCUCUGGUCAGUGGAAUAUAGACACAAGUGAUGAACAUUAACUCAGGCCUCGUCCACAAAAAAAAAAACUUAUGCAAUCCUUUCUGUGGUCUCAUGCCUGCAAUUCUGAAGUACAGAGGAUGCCUCUGGUGGCCUCAGGAGCCAUAGGCAGAACAUGGCAAGCAACUUAAGACAGAAGUUCUACCCCCAGAUCUCCAUUUGUAAUUUACAUGAGUGAGAAAUAAAUACACUGUUGAGCCCUU